AUGUGGGAGUUCAUUAGGGACUACCCAUUCCAUCCCUGUAUAGUUAGACGCCUUCAGGAUACGGGUUUCUACAUGAUCAUAGAGAUCGGCCGGUUGCAGUUCGACUGGGCAUUGAUCACAGCUAUGAUAGAGCGGUGGCGAUCAGAGACGCACACGUUUCACCUACCCAUCGGGGAGGAUACCAUCACGCUUGAGGACGUGGAGGUUAUUUUCGGGCUGUCUGUCGAUGGAUUACCUGUGGCUUACCCGCUUGCUCUUAGAGACUAUAUGGGACUGACGCUCGUCCGACAGCAUCUGGCGGCAAUUGAUGCGGAGAUUACGGAUGAUUCACCGCCGGAGGAUAUAGAUCGGCACACGAGAUUGUUGUUGCUGCUUAUGUUUGGUGGUGUACUGUUCCCGAACACUUCGGAAAACCUAGUGAGCUUGAGAUUUCUACAUCAUCUAGAGCGGCUAGAUGAUUUACCUAGUUACAGCUGGGGUGCAGCUGUUCUAGGUUACCUGUAUAGGCAGAUGUGUCGGGCGUGCAUGGGCUCCUAG